GAUGCCAGUUAACGUUUAGUUAUGGCAACGGGGAGGUCUCCUAAAGACGCGAACGGUUGUUCGUCACGUGUAUCAUAUUGGUCGUGCUUUGUCGCGUAUUUCGAAUUUGGGGAAAAAUAAAAUAAUCCUUGAUUCCAACCAACCAACCUACAUGCUCUCCUCCAAAAGUCGUUUUACAUUGACCCCACAUCGACGGACGUCUCGUCGCUUCACAUAUGGUUUACCUCAGACAGUGACAUCCACUGCAGAAACCUCGUCGACUUUGGACAAUGCUACCUGCUUUGAUACCUUUCAGGAACCGCUAGCCGAUCUAGCUGCAUCAUUCGAGUUAAUGCACAGUAAUUUUGAACAAUUGAAGCAAGUCAACGACGCUCUAGUUGAUUUUAACGACGCAUUUGGCGCAUUUUUGUUUGGAAUGACCGCGAAUGGGUCAUCCAUAAACUGGCCACAGGCGCCCAUCAAUGCCUCAUUCGACAGACUAUCAAAUAAGCAACCUUCAUCACAAUCACCACUCUUUAUGGUGGAUGCUAAAGCCACUGACAAUAACAUCACAUGGAAGCGUCCAACAACAACGAGAGCCGAGGCAAAAGUUGGAAAGGAGCAAAAGGAAGAUGAGCCGACGAGGAUGGCGAGAAAAUUCACGCGGAAGAUUGACAUACGAAAGAUUAUUGAGCGAUUACCACUGAAAUUUCGGGAGCAAUUGGAGCACACCAAAAAUAUGGAGACAGUAUUAAAGACAUUAAGAGCCUCGCCAGAAGGAUUGAAUAUGCAAACUAUAGUGAAUCAAUCUGGGUUACCGAAACACCGCGCUACUGAAUGCCUGAAUGCUCUUGUACAUAGCAAGGAUGUUAUUAAAGUGAACAAGAAGGGCCAAUUAUGUCUUUAUAAGCUGGACUCUGUCCGCUUCCCAUCCACUUUGGUUCAGAUAAAAUCUGAUAAGUAAUAAUAAAUCACGUGCAUCAAUUUUUAUAUAUUUUCUCUUCGGCCGCAAGUCCUAGCUUUCCCCAGCCUACAAAUUUUUUGACUCACAUCAUUAUGCUUCGCACAUUAAGCUCUAAGAUUGCUCGUCCUGUACUUCAGCGACCUCUCAUGGCCACUGGUACUAGAAUGUAUCACGAAAAGGUUAUUGACCAUUACGAAAGACCCCGAAAUGUUGGUUCCAUGGAUAAGAA